AUGGAAAAUUGUUUUAUGCAUUGUGGAGUUCCUCCUUUUAGACGGUUUAAAAAGAAAGUCCGACUUGCUUUGAAGAUAUUCGACUUACGGUGCUUUUUCUCCCCUUGGUAUCCCCCAGAUGUGUUUUUAAAAUCAAAGUUUACAGCUGAUAAUAUACCUACAUUCUCGAGUAAUUUUGAUCCUCCAUACAUUGCAUCUGGAAUUGGACAUUACACAUGUUACUGUUAUAAUAACAAUAAAUUUAUAAAUAUUAAUGACGUUCCAGUAACAAAUAAAAUAAUGGAAGUAAACUCAUCUAAUAAUAGGAAAGUUUUUAAUACUCUUGUGACGAUAAAUUAA